UUCACACGAAGGAGCCACCAUGUGAAAUAGAAAGAAUUUUUGAUCCUGCUACAAAUGAAGAUCCUGUGAUUGUGGUUGAGGAAAUAGAACCAGUUGUGUUCCAGUUGUGCGGGGAAACUCUACAGGACUUGAAUAAGGCCAGAGACAUGAUCAACCUCUUGAUAACAAAGGAGCAUUUGAACAUCACAAUUCUGGAUCCGGCCAUUCGUUACUUCACCGAUGAGGAUGUUAAAAUGCUGAGCACCAUAGAAACAGAGCUUAAAAUAAGUGUCAGACUCGAGAAGAGAGAACAAGCCCAUAUUAUUACAUUGAGGGGCCUGGCAGACUUCAUACACACAGCAGAAAGACGUAUUCAAGUCAUAAUCCUUAGAGUGGAGAGGAAUGAACAUCGAAAACGGGAGGCCACUUUAAACAGCAGAAUAGUUGAGUGGCAAUACGAACAAAAAAAGAACGACUUCAAAACAUUUGAUAUUUUAACCAAUUAUGACCUGGAGGAGGCCUUUAACCUCCAAAAACCUACAGUAACAGUCAAGAUUGACAAUACAGUGUAUGAUGUGGACUUAGUUUGCAAAGUGGCCACAAAGGGGAGAAAGCAGAUUCAUUUAAAGAGAAUUGAUCUUGAAGCUCAGAUUCCUUUGCCUUCACACUGGGAGGACAUGAAGGGACAACCUGUUGUUCUGGUAAAACUUACAUCAAGCUUACAAGAAUAUGCAGAUGCGGAGAAAGAGUUCAGGAGAACAGGACUGACCUCCAAGAUCAUUCAAAUUGAAAGAGUUCAAAACAGCACUCUUUGGAAAAACUAUAUGAUCAAAAAGGAAGAGCUGGAAACCAAGAAUAACCACAAAAACAACGAGAAGCUUCUCUUCCAUGGCACUGGCCCCAAUAACACUGACCAGAUCAACCAUCACGGCUUCAAUCGCAGUUACGCUGGGAUGCAUGGAGCAUUGCAUGGAAAUGGUACAUAUUUUGCCAUUGACCCAAAGUAUUCAGCACAAGGUUACUCCCCACCUGAUAAAAAAGGACAGAAGGGCAUGUAUCUGGCCCGAGUGCUUGUUGGCGACUUUACUCAGGGAAAGAAAGGCCUCCCAGCUCCUCCAAAAAAGGGAUCAAAUGCCAUUCAUCUCCAUGACAGUGUGACGGAUAACACGAAAAAGCCAUCCAUGUUUGUGAUCUUCCAUGAUGUGCAGGCUUACCCAGAAUACUUAAUCACUUUCCAGGAAUCAAACUGAUUGAAUCUCACACUGGAUAUAUCAUUAUCUAACCAUAAUAGACUUGGUAGACUUACAAUUUUAAAUAUUUCACAACUUCUUGUCUGAUUUUACAUUUUUUAUAUAGUAAACUAGAUUAUUGUUUUCUAAGUAGCU